AUGAGGACGUUCAUAUUCUGCCUUUUAGUGCCCGCCGCCAUUGCUAGCGAAGUUGAAUCAGGAAAGCCAGAGAAGUCGAAGAGAGGCGUUCUUCUAGGCACAGGAGGACUUGGAGGAUCAUCAGGAAGCGUAGACCUGGGUUCUAGUACUAGCUAUGGCGGAAUUUCUGGAGGAUACACUGGAGGAUUAUCAGGAGGACUGGCUGGAAGCCUCUCGGGUGGACUUCCGGGACUACAAGGCUCUCUUAAUGGUGGCCUAGUUGGGCCUCUGCCAGGAAGCCUAACUGGAGGAUUAUCUGCAGGGUUAAACGGGGCUGCAGCUGAAGGUGGGAUUCGCACUAUCACCCAACAAGUGCCAGUCGUGAUUCCUCAACCCUAUCCAGUGCCCAGGCCUGUCCCAGGCCCCUGGUACGUGAGACAAAAUCUGCCUCUCGUCAGGGAAACUUCACUUCGUACACCUCAACAAACCGCACUGACGCUCCAUAGGUCCGCAGGCAUUUCUCAGGCUGUUAGAGUGCCAGUCUCAAUCCCGCAACCUAUCCCUAUCGCUCAAGCUGUUUCUGUGCCUGUCUUGAUACCUGUAUCUUCAGGAUCUAUCGGAGGAUCUGGUCUGACUUCUGGAGUCACUAGUGGCCUCAGCUCUGGUUUGAGUUCAGGUAUCACUAGUGGUCUCAGUGGUAGCUUCAGCGGAGGGUUGAACACUGGUUUGGGAUCCAGCUACGGAUCUGGAUUGACCUCCAGUUACGGAUCAGGCCUGGGAUCGAGCUACGGAUAUGGCCUAACCUCCAGUCACGGAUCUAGCUUAGGUUCCAGCCUCGGCUCUUCUGGCCUCAGUGCUGGAUAUGGGUCAGGAUUGGGCUCUGGUCUAGGUGCUGGCCUUGGUUCUAUUAGCAUCUCUCCUGGAGUUGGUUUAGGAUCUGGAUUGAGUUCUGGGCUUGGUUCUGGACUUGGAGCCAGUCUUGGCUCUGGAGUUGCCACUCAGGGAUUGACUGCUAAUCUUGGAGCUGGAUACGGAGCUGGGUAUGGAUACGCUUCGUCUGGUGCUUUAGGAGGAGCUGCUCUGGGAGCUGGUUCUCUUGGAGGUGGGGCACUAGGAGGAGCCAGUACGAUCAUUAUAAAGAAACACUAAACUGAUGGGUCGAGCAAAGGCAUAUUGUACAGUUGGCGGUAUCCACGUAAAUCCCUUUUUUAGAGCUUGCGAUAAUCUUUAUAUUUUUGUACACUUUGAUAAAAUUAUAUUUUUGUACGAUACUUAAAGUGUGACGUUGUUGAUCAACCUCUUCACUAAGGCGAUUAUUCCAACAUGCUCGCAUAAUUAUAAUUAUUAUGGGAGUGAAAAUUAUAUUAUUGUACAAGAAUUGAUUGCAAAUUUCUAAGGUAGUGCAUCGUUUCUUCAAUCGCAAACUAUAAUUCUCGUGACAUGGGAUCGCGAAAUAAUGAAAAUGCACGCUGAGAUAGUAUAGGUACCAAAUUUGCUCCGAAUGAUAGGAGAAGGUAGGUUAUAUUAAAACACCGGUGUAUAGACGAACAAUGGUAGUUCUUCAAGCCGAUUGGUCAACACGGAGCUCAUGUGGGGUGGGAUUACGUCAGGAACGAUCCUUUCACGUUAUAACGUGGAGCACCUCCCGAGCUUCCACACGAAUCAGGUCAUCGUUUCAAAACCAGGCUUCACCUCUCUGUGAAGCUAGGAUGAAAAUCGAACCCGGUUGUUACCUCACGCGAGUAACGAGAGCAGUCGAUACAUUUUCCAGCGCUUCUAUCUUUUCAACAUUGGAAAUAUAGAUAGCAGUCGGUUAUAAUUUCACCUUGUGCUUUACUCAACUUUACUCAACAUUUUAUCGACAGCUGCUGUUGGUAAUGCUGGAAACUAGUGUUAUCAGCAGCUACCAGCUGUAUAUCGGAUGCAGUGUUCUAACUUAUCUACGUAUGAUAAGUAAAUAUAAUGUAUGGCAAUAUCAUAUUAUUAUUAUUAUUAUUGAAUUACUUCCUGCUAAAGAUCGUAUAAUUUAAGAAAAAAGAAACAGAUAUUCUUUGGCUUACGUAUUUUCAACGACCCAACGACAAAGAAGAUUCAA